GUUUCUUUACUUUUUUUUUCCGAACUAUACACAAAAGUACUACAGACACCAUGUCACUUACCAACCCCAACCUCGAAGGAUACAACGUUACCAGAGCAUUGUGGAUGAGAUACUAUCGUCCUCAUGAUGGUACUUUCAUUGCCCCACGGAAAUGUUCUGGUUGCUACAAUGACGAUAAAUUUGUUGUUUGGGCAGUAUCUGUAGCAGUGCAAGCAGUGGUAGAUGGUUCCAGAUUGUAUAAGGAGUUGGUCCCAUUGAUCGACCCAGCAAUUGCUAUCUUCCAGAAAUAUAAGAACACAAGCUUGAAAGGAUUCUCUGCUGCUGAAAACGGUGGAUCUGAUAAGGAUAUCUACUAUGAUGAUGAUGCCCAAGUUGCAUCUGCAAUGAUUACAGCUUAUGAAGUUACUGGCAACAAAAAGUAUUUGGAUCAAGGUAGAGAACUUGUUAGAUUUCUUAUGGGAGGUUGGAAUGACAAUCCAAACGCUAAAACUAAAGGAGGGGUCAAGUGGCACAUCACCAAUGCUUAUUUGAAUGCUUGUACCACUGCUGAAGUUGCAAAAGCAUGUCUUCAAAUCUCCAAAUUUAUUCCUAGUGAAGCAAAGGUUUACAUUGAUUUUGCAGCAAAAUGUAUUGAUUGGCAAAUUAGAGUUUUACAAGAUCCAGAAGAUAAAUUAAUAAAGGAUGGGAUUCAAGAUACCGCAGACCAUCCUAACGAUACUAAAUGGUCUUACAAUGCUGGAACCACCUUGUCAGCAGCAUCUCAUUUGUACUACAUUACAAAGGAUCCUAAAUGGAAAGAUAUUGCUACUGAUUUAGCGAAGACAUCCAUUAAUCGUAACUCAAUCAUUUACGACAGAGACUAUGACGAUAAUAGACGUUACUGGCGUGAUUCUUCAUACUUUGUUCAACUUUUGAUUGAAGGUUUGGCCGAUUAUGACCUUUACGUUGGAGAUGAUGCCCCAGAUGGGUUACGCGACAAGAUCCGCGAGGAGGUGUCAAGACAUUUAACUAUGUUUUAUGAGUAUAUGAGAGAUCCUAAGGAUGGUUUAUACUUGCAAAGUUUCGAACCUCAUAUGACAUACAGGGAGGUUUAUGAUACAAAAUAUAAAGAAAAGUUUCAAGGCCACAAGGGUUGGGGGUUGAAAGGUGAGGAUAAGGUUGGUGAUGAGCCAGAAAAAUGUUUAAUUGGAUGUGGUGCUGCUGCUAGAGUCUUCUUCCAAGGUGCCAGACUUGUUCCAAGAAUUGAGUAAGUGUACUAAUAAAAAAAAACACACUCGGGGAGGGUAUGCGAGGAAAACAGUGGAGAAUCUAUGUGUUAAUGUAUAUUUAAAAGAGUUAAUUAAAAAACCAUUUUCGUACUUUUAUUUUCGUUCCUCUAUCAUCUAUAUGCAA